GUUUAGCAUCGACGGCGCAAUGCCAACGUAUGCGAACACAACGCUCAGGCGAGACAUUUAUUUUACGCAAAAUCGUCUAACUUAUUUGAGUAAUAAACCAUUUAAGCAUGGAUGAGGACGAUAGAAAAUCAGACAGGAGGAGAAGGAGUCGUAGUCGGGAUAGAGAUCGAGAAAGAGAUAGGAGGAGCAGAAGUAAGGAUAAUAAAAGAAGCCGAAGCAGAGAAAGGAGGAGACGGAGUAGGAGCAAGAGCACUGGUAGAUCACGAUCAGGUAGCAGAGACAGAGACAGAGACAGGGAAAGGAGAGACAGAAAAAAGAGGAGUCGUUCACCACGUGAACAAAGAAAGAGACGAAGGAAGCCUAACAAGUACUGGGAUGUUCCACCAGCAGGCUUUGAGCAUGUUUCUCCAAUGCAGUACAAGGCUAUGCAAGCUGGUCAGAUCCCGCCUGCUGUUGCACCUCAGCCCAUCAUCCCUGAGGCUCCCAUGCCUGCAGCUAUCCCACAAGCAGCAGCUGCAUCUGUGGCUGCUGCAGUGGCUGCGGCCGCCGCUACCCCUGCUGUACCCGUAGUGGGCAGUCAGAUGACCAGACAAGCUAGAAGGCUGUAUGUUGGAAACAUUCCAUUCGGAGUCACGGAGGACGCUAUGGUUGAAUUCUUCAAUGGGAAGAUGCACAAUGUUGGUUUAGCACAGGCUCCAGGCCCACCUGUCCUAGCAGUACAAGUCAACCACGAUAAAAACUUUGCUUUCCUUGAGUUCCGUUCUGUGGAAGAGACCACCCAAGCCAUGGCAUUUGAUGGAAUCCUGUUCCAGAACCAAGCCUUGAAGAUCCGUCGACCCAAAGACUACCAGGCUAUCCCAGGCAUGUCGGCUACUCCCACUGUCCAUGUGCCAGGUGUUGUGUCUACCGUUGUCCAAGAUUCUCCGAACAAGAUCUUCAUUGGUGGCCUACCCAACUACUUGAACGAUGAUCAGGUCAAGGAACUCCUGUCAUCCUUUGGCCCUCUCAAAGCCUUCAACUUGGUUAAAGACAGUGCCACAUCACUCUCCAAAGGAUAUGCCUUCUGUGAAUACGUUGAGACAAAUCUGACUGAUCUGGGAUGGGAAACAACGGAUAAAGCUAUAGCUGGACUGAAUGGUAUGCAGCUAGGUGAGAAGAAGUUGAUUGUACAGAGAGCCAGCGUUGGUGCCAAGAAUGCCAUGAACCAGGGUCAACAGGUCCAGAUCAACAUUCCUGGUUUAUCACUACCUGGUACUACAGGGCCUAACACAGAGAUCCUAUGUCUUAUGAACAUGGUCACUCCUGAAGAACUCAAAGAUGAUGAAGAAUAUGAUGACAUUGUAGAGGAUGUGAAGGAGGAAUGCCAGAAGUAUGGUCAAGUUCGUAGUCUAGAGAUCCCACGUCCCAUCCCUGGACUAGAUGUCCCUGGUUGCGGAAAGAUCUAUGUGGAGUUCAUGACCGUUAUGGACGCCCAGGCAGCCCAGAGAGCCCUCGCUGGUCGAAAGUUUGCCAAUCGCACUGUUGUAACAUCCUUCUAUGACGUGGAUAAGUACCACAGACGAGAAUUUUAAGAAUCGUUCUCUUCACCCAAGGAGAAAUCGGAAAGUAAUAAUCAAUUUUGAAUGAGCUGACGAUGCGAUACCUAAUUGCUGUGAGUUGUUGGGUGCAGCUCUAAAACCCUCAUUGUAGAUUUGUUAGUGUCCCUCUUUCAAUAUGUUUUCAAUGUUACAUGCAUGUUUAUAUGGAUAUGUAUUUCAAAGCUGCAGCAAGAUUAACAGGUGAAUUCAGUAGCCAUGAUAUUAUGCUCAUCUAUCUUUUCUUUGCAAUCUAAUCUUUAAUUUACUUAGUCAAUAUGAGUUUCUUACUACUAACUAUCUUCAAAUUCAAUUUUGUAUGUGAUCUCUACAUGGCAUUGCAAAAUACAUGUAAGAUGUAAUUAGAGACAAUAUUGGCAUGGUGAAGCUAUUAGGCGCCAAGUUUGGGUGUUUUAUUUUUCUGUUAUAGAAACCUCCUUUGCAGUGACAUACAUGUCAGCAGGUGAACUCUUAUAGACUCUAUCUUGUUUCAAAGAUUGUUUUCUCAAUGCCUUACUUUCACUAUGAUUUCUGAUGAUUCUCCCAAUGCCAGCCACACAUUCUCUAUCAAUCAUUCACUCAUUGUAAACUUAACUGUAGUCAUUGUAAGCAAGAUUUUGUAUUGAAAUAUUCAUGAUUGUUCAAAGAGAGGUAAUGUACACGUAUUUCACCAUUGACUCGUAACCAAGAACAGAUAUGAGAGUUGCUGAACAAAUUCAUACAAAUACAAUACAGCAUAUUGUACUUUACCUUAUGAAACUAUCUCUUUUUUCAGAAGCAUAUAUUGAUGCAAAAUUACAAAAAAGAUAAGGCAUUUGCUUGUACGAUAUUGCCUAGAAAAUAGCAACAUUUAUUAAUUUUAAGAUGAUGACAGUAUUUGGAAGUGUUCACAGUCCACGUGUAGUUUUCUAUUUGUGUUCUUCUUGUGUUCUACUUGUGUUCUGCGUGUGUUUAGCAAGUUACGUUCUCAACAGGAACAUCUUUUGCUUGAAACUUCCCACUCAUUUCUAUCAACCGCAUGUGACUUACACUUAUACUGUAUGUGUACAUGAUCUUGUAGUAUUUUGAGUACACUCUCAUAGCAUGGUAUUGCUUUCUGGAAUGUUUGAAAUCUCUUCUUGCUCCUGAGUGCCACAUUAUAUAAUGCAUCAAUUAUCAAAAUGGUCUGAUGUGUGAGUAGGUUUUAUAUUGAACAAGGACUACUAUUUAUACCAAUCGACAUGUCUUACAUUAUGAAGAAGCAUGUCAUUUUAAUUUGAUGAUUAGUAACCGCUUUCAUGAAAGUAUUGACAUUGAAUCAUAAGCAUUACUCCUCUCUAGCUAGUGAUUUGGUCUGUACAUACAUAUGACCAUUUUAGGCUCAUUUAUGAUAAUGAUGGUUUCCUGUUUAGCGCCAGUAUCGUCUCCGAUAGACACUCAUGGCGUUUGCUCUAGAAUGUCUCGCAAAUUCAACUUUCAAAUCAAGUUUAUUUUCCAUUGAUAAUAAUGCUUUUUGUACCACUUUUACUUUAUUUACUUUGCGCCUGUGUUAUUAUGUAUGGAGAUUUGCACGAUUUUCUUCCCCAUUUUUCUUUUCUUCUGGGAAAAAUAGACAUGUUCACAGAUGCAUUAAAUAUGCAGCAUUAUCAGUAGAAGGGUAUUUACAGUCAAUUAUUGUUAAUGGCUUCGUUACACGAGCUGUGGUUCCAUACUAUUAACUGAACUACCCGAAUGGCAGCUGGAUUUGAUUAUGGGUAAGAUGGAAAUCAUGACGGUCCAUAAUGAGAAUUGAGAUUGUAUACCUGCACAUUAAACACAUAAAGUGCAAAUUUAUGGAGAACUAGUUGUAUGCAAAAUCCAAUUUCUGGUUUAAGAGGUACGAGUGUCAUACCUUAUGUGAUACAAGCAUUACAAACUCUAGUGUUCCAUUAUGGAUAAGAUGGGAAUCAUGACCAUAAUGAGAAUUGAAUAUUGUAUACCUGCAAAUUAAACACAUAAAGUGCAAAUUUAUGGAGAACUAGUUACAUGUAAAAUCCACUUCCUGGUAUAAGAGAUAUGAGUGUCAUAUCUUAUGUGAAACAAGCAUAAAAACUCUAGUGUUUCAUGUUCAAUUUUUAAUAUCUGUAGAUAUUAAAUAGUUAGUAUACUUGUAUAUUCAAAUCCAACGGUUCAUUGAAUCAAAUGUGAUUCCCACAAAUCUUAAAGAAUUAAAAAGUGGAACAUGUAGGCUCAUUUUAAAUUCCUUCACCCGCUUGUGUAGCUGUAUUGUGAAAGGCAGGAAGCAUCAUAAUUCUGGGUAGUUUUGUAUUCUCCUCAUGAAUUCCUGUGAUUUGUGUUUUUCUCAUUCUCAUAAGGGCAUGUAGUAAUAUGUUGAUAGGGAUUUUUGUGUUUCGUUUUACUGAUGUUUUUGAAAAUAAAAUGCUUUCUAGACCAA